AUGUCUUUUGGUCGAAGCGUUCUUAGAUGGCUUCAAACAAUAGAUUUAUCACAGCCUUAUAGUAAUCCAAGAGUUGGCUUUGCUAGUGGAUUUUUGGUUGCUGAAAUUGUAGCAAAAUAUAUUCCAACAGUUUCAAUGCAUUCUUAUUCAAAUUUCGUUAGUACAAAGAUGCGCCAAGAUAACUGGAAGCAGUUAUUAGCUGUUUUUCAGAAAAAUAAUAUCCCGAUCCAGCAAUAUUUAAUCGAUGAAGUUAUUAAGCGUAAACAAGGCUCUGCCGUUCAAUUAAUCGAAAUUCUUUAUACUCAUUUUACAAAACUUACACCAAGUCAUCCUACUCUUGGCAAUAUUACAGCAAAUGAUUCGAAAGACAAAGGAAAGCAAGCUCAAGUUACAACAAUCGCACCACCAUCAAUGCCAAAACAGCCAGAGCCUCAACCAGAGAUACCACCACCAGCUCCAAACCGUCAAAGAUUCAUUGGUUCCACAUCUACUCAAAGAACUGGUGCUGCAUCCGACUUAACACCUAUCUCAUUCGAAUCAGCAUCAGUUAUUAAGUCAGGACCAGGAUUUUUAGAGUUACGAAAUACAAAUACUCCAGCACAAGAAGAUACCGAACACAAAGCACUUGAUAACGCUAUUGAUGCUCUUACAAAAGAAAUUACACCGGAAAAUCUUCAAUCAUUCAUUACUUGUCUUCAAGAUCCAGCCCAAUUAUCCCAAUUCUUACAGCAUUAUCCACCAGACUUGAUUGUCCACUUCUUAACAGUUGCUGGACCCAAGUUACCACCAGAAUUUGGCUCUUGUUUGAUAGAUUAUCUUAAUGAUCUUUUUAUUCCAACAAUUACACCCGAAUCGUUACCAAUUGGUGAUCUUGCUGACUUCAUUUUUGCUGUUCCAAGUCAAGAUCCGUUCACUCACCACAUUAUUUUAUAUAAUAUCCUUGAAAGUGCUCCAGAAGACAGCAAAGCCACUAUUUUAAGUGCAUUCUUGACAAGAGAGACCGAGUUAUCAAAAUCUCUUGCAGCAUUCUACGCGAUGAAGAUCGAAGAGUACUCAAAGAACGAUCCACAAUGUUUAUUACCUCAAGCUUUGACAAAACUCAUUAAUUUUGACAGGCAAGCAGCUGUUCCAUUGAUUUCUCUUUUCCCUCCAACAGGAGAUCAAGACAAAGAUGUCCAACUCGUUGGAUUAUACACGAAAGCAACAGAAGAAGCAUUGCCACAAAUCAAAGAGAUCAUUACAAACGGAAAUCGCUCUGUUGCUGCUUAUAUUUUGUCAACAAUUGCAAAAGACAAAUCGUUGACAACAGAACAAAUGGCAUCUUUGUUGUUGUUACUUCCUGAUCCAAUGGAAAUAUUAAGUACUCCUUACAGCAUCGAAAGUUUCGGACAAAUAUUUAAUGUUGAUCCUUUGAUUCAAUCAAUUUCUACAGUUGAUAUUGCUGAAGCAAUGGCAAACCAGAUCAGCCAAGCUCAGCCUGAUAGAAUUGACAAAGAGAUCUUCUUGUUGUCAGCUUUGAUGACUGAUUUAAGACAAGAUGAUGCUGAAAGAUGGACAAAAGUUUUUAAUAAUUUACAUGAAUAUCUUUAUUUGGCAUUUUGUGAUGAAAAUGUCUGCAAAGAAGUUUCUAAUGUAUGCUUGACUUUCUAUAAGCUUAUUCAGGGUGAAGUCUUCAGUACUUUCUCCGUUUUGUUCAAGGCUUUGAACUAUGUUUUCCCUUCGAAUUGUCCUGCAAUUUGUAAACAAACUGCAGCUGAAUUUUUGGCAAAAGCUUCUGAGAUUAAUCCUAAUUUCUCACAAACUAUAUUGAAAUUAUUGAUGAACUUCCCUCCAAAGACUCAUCCUGAUUUAGAUAGACUUAUCGCAGCACUCAAGAAAGUUAGGAAAUAA